AAGAAGAAAUUCAGAUGGCCAACAGACACAUGAAAAGAUGCUCCACAUCGCUAGUCAUCAGAGAAAUGCAAAUUAAAACCACAAUGAGAUAUCACCUCACACCAGUAAGGAUGGCUGCCAUCCAAAAGACAAACAACAACAAAUGUUGGCGAGGUUGUGGAGAAAGGGGAACCCUCCUACACUGUUCGUGGGAAUGUAAAUUAAUUCAACCAUUGUGGAAAGCAGUAUGGAGGUUCCUCAAAAAGCUCAAAAUAGAAAUACCAUUUGACCCAGGAAUCCCACUCCUAGGAAUUUACCCUAAGAAUGCAGCAGCCCAGUUUGAAAAAGACAGAUGCACCCCUAUGUUUAUUGCAGCACUAUUUACAAUAGCCAAGAAAUGGAAACAACCUAAGUGUCCGUCAGUAGAUGAAUGGAUAAAGAUGUGGUACAUAUACACAAUGGAAUAUUAUUCAGCCAUGAGAAGAAAACAAAUCCUACCAUUUGCAACAACAUGGAUGGAGCUAGAGGGUAUUAUGCUCAGCGAAAUAAGCCAGGCAGAGAAAGACAAGUACCAAAUGAUUUCACUCAUAUGUGGAGUGUAAGAACAAAGAAAAAGACUGAAGGAACAAAACAGUCCUCGGGGAAAAAAGAAAAAAGUAAAAAGAGGGGAGGGGAAAGAAGAGAAUAGUUACUAUAUACAAAAAACACCUGCAUGUAACAAGGGUGGAGGAAAUGUGCAAUGUUUUCCUUUCUGUAGUUGAUGAGGAGGUCAGAGUUGAUGUUCUAGGCUUCCUUCCCAGCUUACCCCUUCUGUAUUUCCUGGCCUUCAGCCACAACCUCAACUGCUCUAGGUUCUUUACUUCGUGGAGUUGACCCAGACCUUUAUUCCCAGAAGGUUUGAGUCCUCCAGCAUCCUGUUUCAUUUUGUUUUUUUCGGUUGUUGUAGUUUUACAUUAGCCCUUACUAUUGGGUAUGGAAGUAUUAAGAGACCCCCGAGAAUGUAAACAGCUGAGCCAAGAACUAAUGGAAAAAUACAAAGAAUUGAAGAAAAUGGAAAUACGUGACAAUGAGUACAGGGCAGAGAUUAACAAGCUGAAAAAACAGAUUUUACAGGCUGAGCAAAAUUACAGUUCUGGACUAGAAAGAAUGAAGAUGGAAAUCUCCCAGCUAACUUGGAAGUUACAUCAGCGAGAUACCACGAUUACUUCUGCCAAAAGUUCUUCCCCUGACAUGGAAAAGAGACUCAAAGCAGAGAUACAAAAGGCAGAAGAAAAAGCAAUAGAGCAUAAGGAGGUUUUGGAUCAGAUGGAGUCACUCAAGUUAGAAAAUCGUCAUCUUUCUGAAAUGGUGGUGAAAUUGGAAUUAGGUUUACAUGAGUGUCCCUUGCCUGUAUCUCCCCUUUGUUCAAUUGCUGCAAGAUUUUUGGAAGAGGAGGAACUGAGGUCUCAUCAUAUUCUAGAGGGCCUGGAUGCCCAUAUUAAAGAACUAAUAAGAAAGAGUGAAAAGACAGUAAAAACAGUUCACUAUCUUGAAGUAGCCACUUAAAAAACAUCACAAACUUGGAAAUAAAAAUAAAUCCCAAAGAGUUACUGUCAUCUGAAGUAGCGGCUCUUUAAAAGCGUUGAACAUAUAAAAAUCGACAUACUAAAACUUAUGAAGAAAUCUGAAAAGCUGAUACUUCUCUAAGGCAUUUUCACUGCACUGGUUUGUUUGAAGGACUUUUCCCAGCAUAACCUGUAAGAAUAAACCACUUUGCUAGACCAAAAAAAGAGAAAAAAAGAUCACCAUACAAAAGUCAACCCUGUUCUACAUUCUAGCAAUGCAUAUAUGGAAAUUGAAAUUAAAACACAGUAUGAUUUAUAAUCAUUCAAAAUAAAAUGAUUAGGUAUAAAUCAAACAGCACAUUUA